ACUGUGUUUGGCCUAGCCGUCUAGGAUGAAGUGGAACCUGUUCAAGAAAAAGCCUGAAGCCAUGGUCGGACCUGAGCCCACCGGGGCUGCUGUCUUAACUGUGGCCCCUGGCCCCGUGGCCUCCACCGCAGCUGACAAUUCCACAGAGGCUGUCAAGAACGGCGACUUCGAUGACAUCAAGAAUAAGUUCCUCAAUGAGAUCGACAAGAUCCCACGUGAGUGCCUGUCUGGUGAGGGUCUGGACGUUGCACAGCAACUAACACCCAGACCUGUCCAGAUGAGAUUGCAUGACUUUUAUUGAUAAUACUCUAAAAACAAUGGCUUUGGAAUUAGAUCUGUUCUCCCCCUGAAGCCAUUGACAUCCCCAUUAUGCCAUUAUUCUGAAUCGAUCAGGUGAUGUUGUUCCUAAUGGAAUCUAAUUCCAUGGAAUCUAAUUUGCACCAAAUCUAAUUGUUAGCUAAGCUAGCGCCUCUAUACAAUGACUUUGGCCUUUCAUAUCAAUCAGCAGGGGGAAAUCAUUGGUUGGUCAACUGUCAAACCAUUCUAUUUUUAUGUUAUGUGUUUCUUUGCGUAUGUGUUUGUGUGUGUGUGUUUGCGUUUGGGUGUGUAUCUCAGUGCCCUCAUGGGCCAUCAUCGCCAUCGCUGUGGUAGCUGCUACCCUGAUUCUCACCUGCUGCUUCUGCAUCGUUAAGAAGUGCUGUUGCAAGAAGAAGAAGAACAAGGGCAAGAAAGGGAAGGGUGAAAUGGGCAUGAAGAACAUGAAAGGAGGAGAGGUAUGUUGAACCCUGGGGGAGCGGGGUAUUGUCAUGAAGGAGGACCCUGUCAUGAAUUUCACACAAGCUAACUUAGGCCUACAUUGCCUUAAAGCUAUAACUACAAGAGAGCUGCUAAGCUUUAAAGAUUGUGGAUGCUUAACCUGAGGAAUAUUUACCAAAUAAUACAUCCCCAGAAAAACUAUUUUGUUGUGAAUGUAAUUUGGUCUGGACCAAAUCGUAAAAGGAAUAUUUUUUUCUAAUUGAAUAAAUGGAUAAUUCCGACUUGAAAAUAAUAAUUGUAUAGUUAUAAAAACAUAAGAAAUAAGAUGUCAACAAACACCCAACAAAAAGUUGCUCUUUCAGUAGAAUAUUUGUCAAAAGCAGCAUAGAGGACCUAUUGUCCCCUAAUUGAUAACCACAUCACUGAAAAUAGAGCCAUGUCUAGACAUUUAGAAUUCAUAGCAAUUUAAAUAUUUUGUAGAUAAUUUAGCCCAUCAUUGAACUGUCAAAAUCUCUAGAAAACAAUCUCACUUCCUUCUUCAUUUCUUGUUGUUAAAUAUUGUGUAUUUGUCAGAAAUGUUUAGUCCUGCUUUCUCUUGUGCAUUGGGACCUGGGUGAAAAAUGACACAGCUGAGCUCUUUUGUAUGGGGGAAUUAUACUAUUGUUGAUGGAAUAUAAAGCUUACCAAUUACAUGUAGCACAAAACUGCCACUGCAAAAUUCUAAUUCUAAACAGUCCAUAGUGGUAAUGUGGGGCUAAAUGUUCUAGUCUAGUGCACCGUAGAUCAUUUUAUGAAGUACAUUAUGAGUAAUUUAAUAUUCAACAACAGCAACAUCCAAGAACUGAUGGAGUUCAUUAAAACACAGUGCCCCUGUAGAGCUUGGAGGGGAGUAUGAUUAUGUUAAUGACUACAGUUACUGUCUCAGUGGGGUUCUAGCACUGUGUCAUUUUCCCUCGGUUCUAUCGUGUAGUCGUUGAUUCUGCCUCUGCUCUAAUUUCCCUCUCUGGUGUCUGCUGUGAGUUCAAUCUCUUCCUUUCUCUCUGCUCUCCUCCUCCUCCUUCCUGCUUUGUGUCUUAUGUGUGCUCCGUGUAUCUUGACUGUGGUGGACUUCUCUGCCUACGGUAGGUCUGACGGCACGCGGCGCCCCUCUCUGGCCGCUCUGUGUAAGCGCAGACCAGGGCAGAGGGAAAGGUGGGGGUGGGCUGGGCUUGUGGAAGGGGAUUGGCGAUGAUGACAAUGGAUGCUAUGGCUUUCUAAGUCUUGCAAGCUUAGGUGCUGCGGGUGCUUGAGGGUGUAGCUAUGGGAGCGAUUAAGCUGCUUCGCAAGUCCACUGAUUUGAUAUGCUGCCUCACCGACUACCAUGAUGAUGUCUUGAGUAUCCAUGGAGAGGUUGCAAUUUGGGAAUUUUUUUUAAAAAAACUAUACGACCUCUGAAGUGGAAAUAUUUGAAACGGUUUUGAAAUGAACGUGAAACUCAUCCUAUGGUUGAUGAAUGAUGAUGAGUGCACUGAGGCAACCCAGUAGAGAUCACUAACAUGCAUGUGCAAAGGGUGAGGUUGGCUAUUUGUCAAAUAAUGGGUGAAACUUUACCUCAUUGAGAUCUUUGAACAUGUUUCCACAAUCGUGUUAACUAAUCAAGCACAUUAUUGUGCAUAGUAAUUAUCACUACAAGUCACUUACAGUAACUAUAAUACAAGUAUUUUCCAUGCUCUGCUUUGAGUGUGAAAUUCAUGUCAUUUCUACAUCCUAAAUUCAGCUGUGCAAACAUGCUCAGAGAUCAAGGUGAGAUAAAGAGGUUUGUAUCUCUUGACAAAGAUCAACACAAGCCCUUUCAGUAGGUACCAUUGAAUGGCCACAACUUGACUUGAGAGUAACUAUCCUGGAUGACCCAUGAUGCUGCUGACCAAUUAGGUUUUAGUCAACGUUUCCCUUCCUCCCUGGAGCAGUGGUGUUAGUGGAAAAGAAUGGUGGGCCAGAAAGUUUGAUCAAUGGUUAAAAUGUGAGCCACAUUUGACUUCUCUUUAGACAGCAUGAUUAAAAUGUAAACCCCAGAGGUAAGUACACCAAUUGACCGCAUAGAUUUGGAUUUCAUAAUUCCAUGAAUGAGCUCACAAACGAAAGUCCUGACAAUGGGGGCAUACUUUCGGACAUACCAUUCGGUAAUCCUUGAAUCCCACUGCAUGUUUGGUAUGAUUUAGACUGGAACUCUCCAAAAUAGCAUGACUUCACAUGGCUGUGAAAUUUUCACGUACACAGUUUUUCAGGAUUGCAAAGCAUGCAAUCUUGACUACCAAGAUUAUUACUGACAUUGAUACAUUACUUACAUGUAUAUCAUAAGACUAUAAGAGACUGAAAACAACUGAGUCAUUUCAUCUACAUUUUGCUCUCUAUAAAGACUACUAUAUUCUCCUGCAUUGUGUGGCCUGGCAUGCUCGAAUGCAAAGCAUUUACCACAACAAAUUUACAGAAUGCCACUAUAAGGAGAUGGAGUGUGUGUGUGUGUGUGUGUGUGCGUGCGUGCGCGUGUGUUUGAAUAGUAGGUGAGUUUUUAUACGAGCGCUUUUGUGAGUGAGUGUGUGUGGGCUUGUGUGCUUACGUAUGCUUGUUGCUGGUUAAAAGUAUGCUCAGUUAAUGUGAGGUAUAUACAGUAUGUAAGGCUGUGUAUGCAAGGGUGAAUAUAGUAUGUAGAAUACAGUGUCUGUGUGAAUGUGUUAGUAAUUGGGUGGGUGUUUGUGUCUGUGAAUGUGUGUUGUGUAUGGAUGGGUGUCUGUGUUUUAGAAUACAACGUAGAAUGAGCUGCAGACUGCCCCGGUUCCUCUUCCAGGGUAAGCUCUGCGGUGAAUAGCAUGGCCCUACUAAUUUACAUAUUGUGCAGUUUGUGUGUCAUGGACAAUAUUUAAAAAUGAAUAUUCAAACAAAUCCCUUAAAAGAGUCAGUAAUUCUACCAUGGUGUCAUGGUUAGCUAUUUUAUUAAUUGUAUGAUCAUAUGAACUGACAAUGGGAUUUGUAAAUGUUCCCAAUAACUAUAGAUACUGUACAAUACAUCUGUAACAAGUAUUGUGUAUUAGCAGAAGUUAUUAGCUCAUAUCUGCUGUAGAUAAGUGUUGCUUUUUCAGUAAUUACGAUGAUUAUGUCAGUGGAGGUGUACUCACUGAAGGACAUUUUGUGGUAUAUUUGACUCUUAUCACUCUAUUGUUAGAGUGUUGUAAUGGGCUAGAUUUUCAACGUUUCAGAAGCAAGAGUAGUUACAGGGAUCACUAUCUCAGAUCUGAUCCAAUCUAUAGUACAUGUAUGCCUAAAGGAUGCUUUUAUCUGAUCUAUAGGGUGCCCAGCAUUUGUCCUGCCUGGGGCUACCCCUGUAGCAAACUGACUAUAUAUUGACUGUUUUACUUCACAUGUUCUUAUUUUUACAUUCAGUAUAUCCCUCUAUUUCUCUCUCUGUCAAUGACUAUACAGUAAAUAAUGAAUGAUGAACAUAGAGUGCAAAAGCAAAUGGUGUCACCCAAGGAAUAGUGAAAUCAAGUCAUGUUGCAACUAAGGUCAUCGAUAAAAAGAUGUGCACACUGCACUGGUAACAUCUGGGUAAGCAAGCAGGGGGUAAGUGGCAGGUAGAUGGCUGCUGUGACUAACCAGACUACUGAAGAAUAACCUAUAGAUGUUUUUUACUCUCUCUGUUCAAAUGUCUGAUGCCCCCUCUGCCCCCUCCUGCCCCCUUGUCAUUUCAGAAACAGGACGAUGAUGAUUAUGAUGAAGAUGAUGCUGAGACUGGUAUGACUGGAGACGAGAAAGAGGAAGAGGUGAAGGAGAAAGAAAAGCUCGGGAAGCUUCAGUACUCCAUAGAUUACGACUUCCAGGACAACAAGGUGGGUGUUUUGACUUGAGCAGAUGGCUUUCUUACGACCCAGGAGCUUAAAUAUACUAUUUUACUGUGUUGGGAAAAAGUAAAAAAAAUAAGCUUUAGUGUGCAAACUGCCUUUAGUCCAGUUAGUUUUCCACAUCACUGCUUUCAAAGCAAUGGAUUUUUGCCAUUUGCCGAGUGUUUUUUAGCCUCCAAAAAAUGCAGCUUUGAGUGAAUAUGUCUUGGUUGGGCAAAAGCCAAGGACAGCUGUAAAUGUGAACUUGCUGACACUAAAGGAUUGAUUCAACCCAUCAUUCUACAGUUAUGCUUUCAAGAUCAAAUCAGUCAAACUUUUACCAAGACUCCAUUCCUUGUUUGUGUUAUAUAAGCAACGUAUGAAUGGAUUUCCUUGACCUGAUACGCAGCAUUUGCUCCAUCCUCGUACUCUUCUGUGGAGAAUCUUCUUUGUUCACUGAGACCUUGAGGACCUCACAACAGACCAAAGCAUCGUUAUCAUGUUCAUCGUAAUGUGUUAUACAAGCAUAAAGCAAAGGCUUUCUUUGAUCUGUUCAAAUAAAUAUCUGUUCCGAUAACAGUACUGGAACUGUGAACUGUGAAAGGACACUGUCUGGGUACAUAGUGCAUUGAGGCAGAUUGACUGAUCUCUUUGACCCUUGACCUCUGACCCCUAGCUCACAGUGGGCCUCCUCCAAGCAGCUGAUCUCCUCUCCAUGGACAGCGGUGGCACCUCUGACCCCUAUGUCAAGGUCUACGUCCUCCCAGACAAGAAGAAGCAUUUUACCACCAAGGUGCACAAGAAGACGCUGAACCCUACCUUCAAUGAGACCUUCAUCUUCAAGGUAGGCUACUGUACUUUGAUCUCUCUCUCUCUCUCUCUCUCUCUCUCUCUCUCUCUCUCUCUCUCUCUCUCUCUCUCUCUCUCUCUCUCUCACUCUCGCUCUCUCUCUCUCUUUCUUCUAUACCGUAUAUCAGAAUUAUAAAGAUAAAUCUAAUAGACCUAAGCUGUGGUAGAUGACCAGACCAUAACUCCUGCCAUAUAGCCAGUUACCCAAAGUCUGAUGCAUCAGCUAUGCUCUCUCUCUCAUCCGAUUAAUCUGCUGGACUGAUGUUUCAGAUAACACCUCAUAAUGGAUAUUCCCCAAUCCACUGCAGACUCCCGGCAUCUGAUACCAGCUAGCCUCCACAAGCAAAUUGCCUUGGAGGAUAAUAGAGUCAGCGCCUUGCAUUUAUAGAUGCUCAGAUGCAUUUACACACAUAUAUCUAUCCUUUAUAAGAUUAGUUCUCCUUUAAAACAAUCUCCAUUCAUCCCUCGUAUUUGUUUAAUUAAAUGUUAGACAUGUACUGUUUAUCAUUAAGCUAGAAAUAAAUCCCUAUCGUAUAAAGCUAUCGUAUAAAUUCCAUAUAUCUGGUAAUAUCUGAAGUUCAAAGAAAUUAUUAGAUGAUUUAUGAACUAUGAAUUACAAGCUAUUCUUCAGGUAUUGUGUAACUACUGUCUUAUGUGUACGGUAUAUAUACAGUGGGGGAAAAAAGUAUUUAGUCAGCUACCAAUUGUGCAAGUUCUCCCACUUAAAAAGAUGAGAGAGGCCUGUAAUUUUCAUCAUAGGUACACGUCAACUAUGACAGACAAAAUGAGAAACCAGAAAAUCACAUUGUAGGAUUUUUAAUGAAUUUAUUUGCAAAUUAUGGUGGAAAAUAAGUAUUUGGUCAAUAACAAAAGUUUCUCAAUACUUUGUUAUAUACCCUUUGUUGGCAAUGACACAGGUCAAACGUUUUCUGUAAGUCUUCACAAGGUUUUCACACACUGUUGCUGGUAUUUUGGCCCAUUCCUCCAUGCAGAUCUCCUGUAGAGCAGUGAUGUUUUGGGGCUGUCGCUGGGCAACACAGACUUUCAACUCCCUCCAAAGAUUUUCUAUGGGGUUGAGAUCUGGAGACUGGCUAGGCCACUCCAGGACCUUGAAAUGCUUCUUACGAAGCCACUCCUUCGUUGCCCGGGCGGUGUGUUUGGGAUCAUUGUCAUGCUGAAAGACCCAGCCACGUUUCAUCUUCAAUGCCCUUGCUGAUGAAAGGAGGUUUUCACUCAAAAUCUCACGAUACAUGGCCCCAUUCAUUCUUUCCUUUACACGGAUCAGUCGUCCUGGUCCCUUUGCAGAAAAACAGCCCCAAAGCAUGAUGUUUCCAACCCCAUGCUUCACAGUAGGUAUGGUGUUCUUUGGAUGCAACUCAGCAUUCUUUGUCCUCCAAACACGACGAGUUGAGUUUUUACCAAAAAAGUUAUAUUUUGGUUUCAUCUGACCAUAUGACAUUCUCCCAAUCCUCUUUUGGAUCAUCCAAAUGCACUCUAGCAAACUUCAGACGGGCCUGGACAUGUACUGGCUUAAGCAGGGGGACACGUCUUGCACUGCAGGAUUUGAGUCCCUGGCGGCGUAGUGUGUUACUGAUGGUAGGCUUUGUUACUUUAGUCCCAGCUCUCUGCAGGUCAUUCACUAGGUCCCCCCGUGUGGUUCUGGGAUUUUUGCUCACCAUUCUUGUGAUCAUUUUGACCCCACGGGGUGAGAUCUUGCGUGGAGCCCCAGAUCGAGGGAGAUUAUCAGUGGUCUUGUAUGUCUUCCAUUUCCUAAUAAUUGCUCCCACAGUUGAUUUCUUCAAACCAAGCUGCUUACCUAUUGCAGAUUCAGUCUUCCCAGCCUGGUGCAGGUCUACAAUUUUGUUUCUGGUGUCCUUUGACAGCUCUUUGGUCUUGGCCAUAGUGAAGUUUGGAGUGUGACUGUUUGAGGUUGUGGACAUGUGUCUUUUAUACUGAUAACAAGUUCAAACAGGUGCCAUUAAUACAGGUAACGAGUGGAGGACAGAGGAGCCUCUUAAAGAAGAAGUUACAGGUCUGUGAGAGCCAGAAAUCUUGCUUGGUUGUAGGUGACCAAAUACUUAUUUUCCACCAUAAUUUGCAAAUAAAUUCAUUAAAAAUCCUACAAUGUGAUUUUCUGGAAAAAAAUAUUCUCAAUUUGUCUGUCAUAGUUGACAUGUACCUAUAAUGAAAAUUACAGGCCUCUCUCAUCUUUUGAAGUGGGAGAACAUGCACAAUUGGUGGCUGACUAAAUACUUUUUUCCCCCACUGUAUGACUAUAAUUUCAGCAACCAUGAAUACCCUCAAGCGUCCCAAUGUCAGAAUCUAAUUAAAGCUACAGUCUGUGUGUGUGUGUGUGUGUGCGCGCACAUCUGUGCGCAUAUGAAGGAGAUCAGAUGUAUAGACUAUUCAUUAAACUAGAUUCUGGCUGGAGAAUGUGAUUGGAAAUCAGAGCUUGGCCAGUGAUAAAGCAGAACUUUUGAAGCCUAUGAGCUGAGCUGAUCUGAGCAGGGGAUAGGAUGGGAUGGCAAUCCAGUUAAAGGAGAACGCCACCUCCCUUCCUUCCGUCUGACUGCUGACAGGGCUGUACUGUUCGGUUCUGCUGAGUGUGCAGCGCACAACUUAGGCUGGCUCUGGCCCUCUGUUCCUGUUCUCCCACUAAUCAUCCCCACACGCCCAUCAUUUCUCUGGGGGCAGAGAGAGCAUUAGCUCCCAUUUGUAUUUGUAUUUAUUAUGGAUCCCCAUUAGCUGCUGCCAAGGCAGAAGCUACUCUUCCUGGGGUCCAGCAAAAUUAAGUCAGUUAUACAUUUUAAAAAACAUUACAAUACAUUCAUAACAGAUUUCACAACACACUAAGUGUGUGCCCUUAGGCCCCUACUCCACUACCACAUAUCUACAACACAAAAUCCAUGUGUACGUGUGUUUAUAGAGCGUAUGUUAUCAUGUGUGUGUAUGCAUGUGUCUGUGCCUAUGUUUGUGUUGCUUCACAGUCCCCGCUGUUCCAUAAAGUAUAUUUUUAUCUUUUUUUUUUUUUAUCUGAUUCUACUGCUUGCAUCAGUUACCUGAUGUGGAAUAGAGUUCCAUGUAGUCAUGGCUCUAUGUAGUACUGUGCGCCUCCCAUAGUCUGUUCUGGACUUGGGGACUGUAAAGAGACCUCUGGUGGCAUGUCUUGUGGGGUAUGCAUGGGUGUCUGAGCUGUGUGCCAGUAGUUCAAACAGACAGCUCGGUGCUUUCAACAUGUCAACACCUCUCACAAACACAAGCAGUGAUGAAGUCAAUCUCUCCUCCACUUUGAGCCAGGAGAGAUUGACAUGCAUAUUAUGAAUGUUUGCUCUCUGUGUACAUCCAAGGGCCUCUUUGUGGCACCUGACCACACGACUGAACAGUAGUCCAGGUGCGAUAAAACUAGAGCCUGUAGGACCUACCUUGUUGAUAGUGCUGUUAAGGCAGAGCAGCGCUUUAUUAUGGACAGACUUCUCCCAAUCUUAGCUACUGUUGUAUCAAUAUGUUUUGACCAUGACAGUUUACAAUCCAGGGUUACUCCAAGCAGGGAUAUGUUGCCCAGAGAUGACCAAAGAGGUCCAAGAAACUCUGCCCUCAUUUAUACACUUCCAAAUUGUGAGAUUCUUUGGAUGCUACAUACAGCUAUUUGUGCAUGUCUGGCUCUCAUCAUUCAAGGUCAAGGUAUGUAGAAGAGGUUAAAAAAAAUGCUAUCUAAAAUGGCAUUAGCAAACCUGUUCUCAAAGACUUGUUAACACUCUCCUCAUCUAAGCAAAGGUGUUAUUGCUUCAGAGGGUAACAUUUAUAAAAGAUGGUGCUAUUAAUAUUGAUGGUGUUGUUGAUGUUUUUCAGAUUCCAUUCCAAGAGAUGGGUGGCAAGACUUUGGUCAUGCAGGUCUUUGACUUUGACCGCUUCUCUAAGCAUGACGUCAUCGGAGAGGUGAAACUACCCUUGCACAAACUGGACCUGGCCCAGCCGUUGGAGGAAUGGAGGGACCUGGACAGUGCAGAGAAAGAAGAGGUAAAUGUGGAGGACCAUCUCCCCACUUUUAUUCAGUCCUUUGAAAUAUCAUGUUCUGAAUGUCAGUUCAGAACGAUGUUUAUCCUCAUUGUGUGAAUGGUUCCCUAUAUGUAGGUGUUUCCUAUGGGCAAGGACAUGCAUACAUUGAGGAUGAAUGUUAUUACAUUGAACAAGUUUUGUUCUCCUCUUUACCCAUCCCACACGCAGCAAGAGAAGCUGGGAGAUAUCUGCAUAUCUCUGCGCUAUGUGCCCACUGCCGGGAAACUCACCAUUUGCAUCCUGGAGGCCAAGAACCUCAAGAAGAUGGACGUGGGAGGACUGUCAGGUAAAAUAUGGAAAGAUAAUCACUGUGAACAAAACAAUGGAAACAGAUGCACUGUGGAGUUUAAGCCGUCCAUAUCUCCCAUAUCCUGGUUCAAUGUGUUCCCCUUGGUCAAGGACAAGAAGAUUGUACUGUAAGAACCAGUAUUCUACCUCUAUUCACACAGUACGAAACCCAAAUCUGGAUUCCCAUUAGAGAGCUAAUAAAAAAAGAAUACAGCUAUUUUCAGUGUUUAUAUGUGCAUUAUAAUGUGAUAAACGCUAAAUACCAGUAAAACCUUGUGAAUCAACCAUGUGAUUUGUAUCUGUAUGGAGAGCUGCUGUAGCCUACAUUGCAAGCAGCCAAUCUCCGGGGCGAUUCAGUCUGUGCUCACGUGCUGACUCUGCAGUACCCACCACUGUCCUUUCAGUAGCUCCACUCCCUUCAGCUAAAAUGCACUGCAACCAUCUGCUGGCGGUUUACUGCAUUGCAACCACUGCUGAGUUCCUUUGUAUUGUUACUGGAGCCUUGAUGGUAAUGAAGUAUUGUGUUUUUAAGAUCGAACUCUGCUGAAACAGUGAUACAUGGGCAAUAAGAAUAAAUCUAUUAAGCUACAAAGAGCCAUGUUCUUUUUUUUUUUUUGGUGGGGGUAGAUCAGCUUUAAUAUUUCAGAUAGAUUGUAACUUCCAUCAAUGUAAUUGUCUGCAUCACUUCCAAUCCACCAUAUGUUUUUUUCUCUCGCAAAUAUAUAUAUAUAUAUAUAUAUAUAUAUAUAUAUAUAUAUAUAUAUAUAUACAUAUAUAUACAUACAUAUAUAUAUAUAUAUAUAUAUAUAUAUAUAUACACAUACAUACAUACAUACAUACAUACAUAUACAUAUACACAUACAUAUAUAUAUAGACACAUAUAUAUAUACAUACAUACAUAUAUACAUACAUCCAUACACACACACAUAUCCUUUUUUAAAUUAUAUUUCCCUUCAUUACUUUCCAACCCCACCACCACUUCCCCAAUUGGAGUAAACUAGUGAACAACAACGCUUAGGCCUCUACUUCCAGCCCAUACAUACUAUAUACAUUUUAUGGACAAAGUCAAAUUCUACAAUAAUUAUAUUUUGUUUGUUUUUACACCUGAACUUCCUCCGAUCAUUUUCAUGAUGUCCAUCUGGUUUGCUUCUAUAUGCCAUAUUUUUCUAACUGUGCUCUUUCACAAAAGCCAUGUUUGUUAAUAAUCCCAAUAGCGAGUCUGUGACCAGGCUUGUUUUAAUACAUGGUUGUAUGUAUCACUCCCUCUGUGUGCAGAUCCCUAUGUGAAAAUCAACUUGAUGCAGAACGGCAAGCGUCUGAAGAAGAAGAAGACCACGGUGAAGAAGAACACUCUGAAUCCAUACUACAACGAGUCCUUCAGCUUUGAGAUCCCUAUUGAGCAGAUGCAGGUAGAGUGUACAGCUGGGAACAAAGCACCCACAGACAGACAGAACGACAGACACACACACACACGGUUUAGGGAAACUCCCUCUGAACCCUUCAAAGAUGCCCGUGGGCAAGGUGCUUAGCUAAUUACCCUACCACAGUCAAGCAAGGUCAUAGAACAAACCAAAACAUACUGUAUCACAUAGCUACAGAGAUCAUACUUUACCGUCUGUGGAUGAUGACAUACUUAAGACAUACACCUGAGGAGGAAGUGGAUGUGAUUAACAUACUACAGUACAGUACUGGCAGUGUGACAACAUCAUCCAUGCUGAAGGGAGUUUCCUGCCUGGCCUGUUAGUAGCUCCAUCUAUAUGCAUCAUAGCGUGUCUCUGUUUCUCAGAGGGCUGAUUAGCACACCAUGCUAAAACCAGAAUUAAAUCACACCCCCUUGUGUAUCAUUGCUUUAAUACCCCGUGGAAUUAGAUGAUACACCCUAAAUGACAGUAAUGCAAGAGUGUACAGCUGGGUGGGAACAAAGUGCCCAAAGACAUACUACACCAUGGAAUUAGAUGAUGCAAUUGUAUUCUGUAAGUUCAUUCUAAAUGUCAAUAAUGUAACACUUUAUUUUUCUAAUUCCUAGAAAAUCCAAGCUGUGGUCACAGUGCUGGAUUAUGACAAGAUCGGUAAAAAUGAUGCCAUCGGGAAGAUCUGGGUGGGCAGCAAGGCGACGGGCACCCAGCUGAAGCACUGGUCUGACAUGCUGGCCAACCCUCGCCGCCCCAUCGCUCAGUGGCAUCCACUGCAGCCCGAGGAGGAGAUUGACGCUUCGCUGGCAGCCCUGAAUGCCAAGAAGUAA